AUGUUCGGCAUACUCAAAGAGUACAGGAUGAGGCUGAACCCGAAGAAAUGCGCCUUCGGUGUAUCUUCCGGGAAAUUCCUCGGAUUCAUGAUCAGUCAGAGGGGGAUUGAGGCGAAUCCCGAGAAAAUAAAGGCAAUCAUCGAUAUGGAGAGGCCGAAGACGACGAAGGACAUUCAGAGCCUUACCGGACGCGUGGCCGCCCUGACCCGCUUCAUAUCGAAGGCUACCGAUAAAUGUGUACCGUUCUUCAAAGCCUUGAAAGGGGGCAAACGGGAUAUCACAUGGACUGCCGAAUGUGAUAACGCAUUUCAAGCCCUGAAGAACUACAUGAGCAAAGCCCCCCUUUUGUCAAAACCGCUGCCUGGGGAAAUUCUCUACCUCUACCUCUCGGUAUCCGGAACUGCCGUCAGCUCGGUACUAAUUCGGAAACCAGAGAAGGCAGAAUUACCAAUCUUCUAUGUCAGCAAGGCACUCCAGAGUGCGGAACUUCGGUAUCCACCAUUAGAGCAGCUGGCUCUAGCCCUUGUUGUCUCGGCACGAAGACUUCGGCCAUACUUCCAGGCACACGGGAUCAAAGUCCUGACCAACCAACCCCUCCGGCAAGUCCUCCAAAAACCAGAAAUUUCGGGCCGAUUGAUCAAAUGGGCGAUCGAACUCGGGGAAUUCGACAUACAGUUCGUUCCGAGGCCCGCGGAGAAGGGCCAGGCUGUUGCCGAUUUUAUCUCCGAGCUUACCCCAGCAACAGUACAACCGACAUCUGAGGCAAUUACCGAGACCAUCUUGCCGGAUCAACCAGGCGCCGAACGCCUCGACACAUCAACUCCCGUCUGGGGUUUGCACGUCGAUGGCUCGGCAAACCAGCAAGGAUGCGGAGCGGGCUUGGUGCUGACAACACCGGACGGACAGAAGAUCGAAUACGCCCUCCGAUUCGACUUCCGGACCUCCAACAAUGAAGCGGAAUACGAAGCCCUCUUGGCCGGCCUUCGGUUAGCCAAGAGCAUGAAUGCAAAGCAAAUCCGAAUUCACAGCGACUCCCAGCUCAUUGUGAACCAGGUAACGGCAGACUUCGCCGCCAAGGAUGCCUCCAUGUACGCCUACCUUUCAACCGCCCAUCAGCUACUCCGAAGUUUCCAAGCAUACGAGAUCAAACAGAUCCCCAGAGGCGAAAACAGCCAUGCCGAUGCUUUGGCAAGACUCGCUUCGGCGAUAAACGACAAAGUCGGAAGAAAGGUACCAGUGGAGAUCCUUGCCCAACCGAGCACGGUAACCUCCGAAGCGUGUGCCGUACGGUAUGAGGAUACAUGGAUGUCUCCCAUCUACUUAUACCUGACGAACGGCACCCUUCCUGAGGAUAAAGCCCAGGCCCGGAAGCUGAGAUACCGAUCAGCAAGAUACACAGUUAUCAACGAUGUACUCUACAAGCGCGGCUACACUACCCCGUAUCUCAAAUGCCUCACGGCAGAGCAAGGGGAGUACAUCCUUCGGGAGAUUCACAGCGGUGUGUGUGGCGACCAUUCCGGGUCCCGAUCUCUCGCCUACAAAGUCUUUCGGCAGGGAUACUUUUGGCCAACCAUGCAUCAGGACGCCAAUACACUGGUGAAGAGGUGUGACAAAUGCCAGCGCUUCGGUAAUGUCCCACAUAUCCCUGCCGAACCCCUCACGCCGAUUGUAAGUCCUUGGCCUUUCGCACAAUGGGGACUGGACCUGAUUGGCCCAAUGCCGCAAGGCAAGGGGCAGUUGGACAAGGCAAAGGGAGCCUGGCCGGAAAAGCUUCCCGAAGCACUGUGGGCCAUUCGAACGUCUUACCGAACGUCCACUGGAGAAACCCCUUUUUCUAUGGCCUUUGGAUCGGAAGCAGUGGUACCCGUGGAAAUCGGCGAACCUUCCUACCGAACGGAAUCCUUCGCACCGAAGGAGAACGAGGAGGCCAUGUCUCUAAGCCUUGAUCUACUCGAGGAGCACCGAGCACAGGCCAACCUUCGGAAUGAAGCCUACAAACAGCGUGUGUCUCGGUAUUACGACUCUAGGGUCAGACCCCGCUCUUUCCGAAUCGGGGACUGGGUCAUGCGCAAGGUGUCGCUUGCGACGAAGGAUACCACGGAAGGAACCCUCGGACCUUCCUGGGAAGGACCUUAUGAAGUCAUCGGUAUCCUUCGCUCGGGAACCUACCGAUUGAGAGGCUCCAACGGCAAGGCCCUCGGCCAUCCUUGGAACGUAGAACAUCUCAAGUACUACUACAAGUGA